GUGCUUCCUUUUAGCUGCCACAGCCUGUGGACAAAGGCAGCCACGGGGCCACGAUGAAGUCUCCCGAGGACGAGUGUGCGUGUCUGCUAGCCAACAUCACCAUGUUCACCAAAAAGAAGAAACGCAUCGAGAUCUCGGCCCCCUCCAACUUCGAACACCGGGUCCACACGGGCUACGACCAGCAGGAGCAGAAGUUCACGGGGCUGCCCAGGCAAUGGCAGGGCAUCAUCGAGGAGUCGGCCAAGCGGCCAAAGCCACUGGUGGACCCCGUGUACAUUACGGCCGUCCAUCCCGGCUCUCAGAAGACCAUCGUGCGCGGAAACAAAGCUGCCAAGGACGGUUCCCUGGCCUGGCUGCUAGAUGAGUUUGAGAACAUGUCGGUGUCGCGCUCCAACUCGCUGCGCAGGGACAGCCCUCCUUUCCCGGCCCGGCACGACCAGUUUUACCAGGAGAACGGCCUGGGAGAGGCGGUGGGCAGGCCCCGCCACCACCAGCCCCCCCACCACCACCACCACCCUCCCCACACGGAGGAGGACGGCGGGGGCAGCAAGAGCAGAGACCCCAAGGAGCGGAACCGCCACGGGCCCAAGAACGAUGUGGAACGGGGCUGGGAUGACAGGACUGGCGCGCCACACUCCCGUGGACACGAGCCUCACCACAAGCCGCACCAGCAGUCUGGCCACCCCCGGCCUCCUGAGCACCCGAAGCCCUUGCCGGAACACGGUCACCGAGUGCCUGAGCGGGACAGGAAGAGGGAGCCCCCCGCCGAGCGCGUGGUCAAGAGAGAGCGGACGGAGGGGCCUGACAAGAGACCCAAGUCCACCUACACUGGCCAAGCCAGCCCACAGUCUCCCCGGGAAAAGCGGCCCCUCUCUGGGCCCAAUAUCCGGACCCCAAAUAUCCCCAUCUCGGAGGGGGUGAUGAAGACCGCUCAGCAGACGGGACGGCCUUUUAACACCUACCCACGAGCAGACACCGAUCUUGGCCGUGGCACUCAGGCAGAACAUCGGCCCGGAAAAGCCCCAGAAGCAGCCCCCAACGGCCCCACGAGUGGAAACAGCGGCCCCUCCAGGCCCCCCCCUUCGGGCCCAGCCAGAUCCAGAAACCUGGAGCCAUCCCCUCUGGGACUCUCCCAGCACGCUUCAGACCCCCACUUGACCCACGUGCCAUCGCCGCCGGCCCCCCAGCCUCCGCAGCCCCCUCCCCAGCAGCCUCUGGCCCCCACUCCUCCGGCCCCUCAGCAGUCCUGCUCCCCCCAGCGGGAGCCCCAGCGGGUCUCCCACGAACAGUUCCGAGCUGCCUUGCAGAUGGUGGUCGACCCCGGAGACCCCCGGACCUACCUGGACAACUUCAUCAAGAUCGGUGAGGGCUCCACGGGCAUCGUCUGCAUCGCCACCGUCAAGAGCUCCGGGAAGCUGGUGGCAGUCAAGAAGAUGGACCUGCGCAAGCAGCAGAGGCGGGAGCUGCUCUUCAACGAGGUGGUGAUCAUGAGGGACUACCAACAUGAGAACGUGGUGGAGAUGUACAACAGCUACUUGGUGGGCGAUGAGCUCUGGGUUGUGAUGGAGUUCCUGGAGGGGGGCGCUUUGACUGACAUCGUCACCCACACCAGGAUGAACGAAGAGCAGAUCGCCGCCGUCUGCCUCUCCGUGCUGAAGGCCCUUUCCGUGCUCCACGCUCAGGGCGUCAUCCACAGGGACAUCAAGAGCGACUCCAUCCUGCUCACCCAUGACGGACGGGUCAAACUCUCCGACUUUGGAUUCUGUGCGCAAGUGAACAAGGAGGUGCCGAGGCGCAAGUCGCUGGUGGGGACCCCGUACUGGAUGGCCCCGGAGCUCAUCUCUCGGUUGCCCUACGGGCCAGAGGUGGACAUCUGGUCCCUGGGCGUGAUGGUGAUAGAGAUGGUGGACGGGGAGCCUCCCUAUUUCAAUGAGCCCCCCUUGAAGGCCAUGAAGAUGAUCCGAGACAACCUGCCCCCCAAACUGAAAAACGUGCACAAGGUCUCUCCUUCCUUGAAGGGCUUCCUGGACCGCUUGCUGGUCAGAGACCCAGUCCAAAGAGCCACGGCCAACGAGCUCCUGAAGCACCCCUUCGUGGGCAAAGCCGGGGCCCCCUCCUGCAUCGUGCCCCUGAUGCGGCAAAACCGGAUGAGGUGAACCAGCCGGACUCCUUCGUGAAGAGAGAAGAGGGUGGGGAAAGAGCCAUCAUCCCCAGCCAGUCCCACCAAGCAGUGGAGACCUGCGCGCAAGGAGGGGGCUUUGGGACCCCCACCAAUCCCUGCUUCCUGGGGGAGGCUCCCCAGUUGGUGUGGGCAGGAGGAGUUCAGCCAGCAGUCGGGACCCUCCCUCCCUCAAGGACUCCUCUUGGCCAUCUGAUGACGUGGCCCCCAAAAUGGACGCUUGGACCCAUCUCUAGCAGAGCUGCUCUGCAUCACCAUAUUGUACUACUGAAUUGAGGAGGGGCUUUGUCUGGGGGUGGGCUGGGGGUGAAAAAAGAUGACAACGUUUCUCUUGUUGGUCUCCUAAAUCCUGGGCAGCCGGUUCUGGCAGGGGAAGGGGCCAGAUCAUUGGCUCUUCGGCAUUGUAGAAGGAAAUGUUUUCUUCCCAGAGAAAGGGGGGUGCUGGCCAGAGGCACCCUGCGGGGAGAGGGGAGGGGAAGAUUCCCCCCUCCCGCUGAAGCCCAGAAGCCCCUCCCCCUCCUGCAGAGAGGCGGGAGAGCAGAGCCACCCGCCAGGGCCCCUGUUGGGUCACCAGAGGCAGGAAACCCACUUGUGCCCGGAUGCUGUUCCUUGCCGUGAAGGAAGGCGCUGCAGUAGUUUAGGGGGUCCCGAAUCUCAGGUGGGGAGAGGUGGCUCCAGGGGACAGUUGAAAGUCGGGGGCUCCUUGUUGGUGCCAGUGGUGGCGGCGGGUCCAGACAGGGCCAUGCUUCAGAGCCAGGCUUGUCAUUGGCACCGAGAGGCUCAGCAGUGGGGCUGGCGCUGCAGAGUGGCACUCCUGGCACCGCAAAGGGGGCGUCUCUCAGGCUCAGGCCUGCUUUCCGGGGAGGGACAGGAAAAGAGCACCCAGUACCCAGCAAGCCCAGCCCCCUAUUGGCUUCCCCAUCACGUGCCAGAGGGCAUAAGGCGAGAGGUGCCCCUGUUCCCCAAAGGCUGGCACCAGUCUUCCCCUUUUGCCCGGCUUCUUGCCCCCAAAGGCUCUGGCUGCCUGCUGCUCUCUUGCAGCCUUGUGGCAGCCCUGGCGGAACCCCCGAGGGGCUCUCUCCUCCCCACCUUGCAAGGGGAGUUCACGGGCAGACGGGCGGGAUCUGAAGGGGGGAGCCGUGGCCCUUCUGCCACCUGUUCUGCCCAAAGGGGACUGGGGGGCAGUGGGCCUCUUUCCUUGUCCACUGGGAGAGGAGAAGCCUCUGGGCGGAAACGGGCCCUGCUGACCAAAAAGGGGAGCAGCAUGUGCCUGUCCCUUCAUCCCAGAGCUGAGCGGUUUGGGGAGGGCCGUGGCAAAAGGAAGGCAAGGGCUCGCUCUGGGCCUGGCUGAGUGGAGGAAGGCUGUCCUCUUGGGCCCAGAAAGUCCGGGGGGGGGGGCUCUUUGGGGCCUCCAGGCACCUCAAGGGUUCCUUGCUGGGAGCCUGGGCGGUGGGGUUGCCUGGCCAUGUUUGGAGGGGGGGAAGAGGGCUGCUGCUGCCCCUCCCACCACCGCUGUCCCUUGAAUGCUGGGAACAGCCUGGGCUUCCCUGCGUGCAGACAGUAUUGGGGAAGGGGUCUGCUUCUCAGUAGCUGCUUGGGGGUUUCCUGCCUGCCUGGAUUUAGAGUCCCACGGGUGCCUCUCCCGCACCCUCUUUGCGGUGUGGGUCCUUUGAGGCGAAUGUCCCCAAAGGUCCUUCUUCCCUCGGCUCAGAUGCCCAGGAUUGGGUCCCGCAGGUGCAGCCUUUGCCCUGCUGCCCUUCAGAACCCAACCCCCGCCCCCCGCCCCCCCAGCACUCCCCAGUCCCCUCUCUUGCCAUCUUUUUACAAAGCUCACCGCAGGCUCCCCCCCCGACUGAGGGCGGCCCCCCCCCCCCCCCCGGAAGAGAUUGCCCUUUGCGUGUGUGGGGCGGGCGUGCGUGCCACUUCUCCAGCCAGUGCACCUCUGGAGCCAGCUGGCGUGGUUAGAAAGGCUCCUCUGGGCCCUCAGGGUGGGCUGCCCAGCCAGCCCCUCUCUGCCUGCCUCACCUGCUUCUGGGUCUCUUCCUCUCUCCCCUCCAUCCUCUGGCCGACUCCCAGCCCAGCUUUUCUGGCAGUGGGGCUCCAAUCAGCCCCCAGGGAGUUGAAGGGGGUUAAAUGGGUCUUUGGUGCUAGCAUGCCUGACUUAAAGACAACCCAGAAGCAUUAUCUAGGAUCCCCCCCCCAUCUCCAGGGGGGGGGUCAGCCUGAGCCGGCCUCUUCACAUCUUUCCCAGUAUUCUCCCCCUGCCUGGGAGGGGGGGAGGAGGGGGGGUCUCAGCUACCCCCCUUUCACGCCAACUGCUCCCCUCCCUCUGCUUGGGAGAGCUGGUUGCUGCCUUUUCUUCAGGAAUCCUUUUUUUAUCUCCUUUCCUUUUGAAGACCCUCGACCCUCAAGGAUGAUUUCACUUUCCCUGCAGGGAGAAAGACUAAAAUCUCAGUUGAAGCUGCCAAGCCAGGGAGGGGGGAUUCCUGGGGUGAUCAUCCUCCACCCCCUCCUGCUUCCACAACACUACAUUUCCCCUUCAUUUUCUGAAAUAAAGGACUGGAAUUUUAAAGCGGAGGCUGGGAGGGGGGACCCAGCUCCGAAGGCCCCCUCCCCUCCCCAUCUCCUGGUUGCUUGAAGAAUUUUAUAACUGGAGGCCUCGACCAGAAAUGUUUUUCCCUCUCUACAAGAAUGACUACUGAUUCAUUUUGUGGGGUUUUGUUACUUUUUUAAAAAGAAAUUAUUUAUAUUGGGUUUUAUUUUCUUUUUUUCUCCCCCUUUGGUAACUCAACGGUAUUUGUGUUGAAAUGAUUUUUUUUAAUUGCUUUGGAAAAAAACCUGCUGUGUUCCAUUCUAGUAAGUUUAGCCAUGAAUGGUCUUGUAUAAAAAGUCUGGAUUUUGUGUCAAA